AGGUAUAUAUAUGUGAUCACGAACGUUGCAUGGUCACUAGGACUUCUUACUUUAUGAGGCACUGGAUGAAGUAAAGCAUAUUUUGAGGAGACAACGAGGAUUCUCAGCAGUCAUGACGCGUGGUUUUAGCCUGACAAUUUUUGGCGUAUUCCUCCUGACCGUCGGUCUUGUUGUCCCUGCAAAAGAUGAAGUGGGCAGUUAUGCUCGAAUGGAAACCGCAAAGCUGAAAAAUGUCCAGGGUAAACUUCGCUUCCGCAGUUUUGAACCUGCGAACUUGGAGUCAUCAAAGACCUACCUGCGUGAUGAUUUUGCUAAGCGUGGAAGAAGGUUUAAAGAAACGAAUGACUUGCUGGCAUCAAAGUAUAGGUCACGUGUUCGAGCUAAAUAUGGAAUCACACGAGAGCACAACGCAGAUUGUCCCACCCUCUGGCUGGUUUCUGACUCCUCGCUCUACACCUCGGUCUAGUGUUGCUCCACUCCUCCUUCUAAGCG